UCGCUAAAGAUUACUCUUUUUUUUAAUUAAUAUAUGUAUAUUUUUGCAUGGCCAUAUUUUGCCAAAAAGAAACCACACGCUUAUUUUAGCUUUCGCGUGCUUUUUUGGCAUUUUCCAUCUGAAGCCUGGCUCUAUGAACAUUUCCUUGGUGGCACGAUCCCGCAAAUAGUGGCUGCUCCCGUGUGGAGCCGGUCGAGGUGAUGUGAAAGGGCCAUUUAAGAGUCAUCAGAUUAAACUGAAAGCAUGUCUUUGACUUGUGGGAAGAAGUCAGAGUUCCUGGAGAGAAAAUGCAAGUUCAACACUGACGGUAUCCCAGCUGGGAAUUGGACCAGGGCCCAUUCUUACUAUUGAUGACAGAAAGUGCCUUUUCAAAUGUUACUACUGAAAGCUGCAUUACCAGUGUGCGUGCCACAUUUGCAUAGCUACAUUUACUACUUCUGAUACUUAAAGGAGCUGCAUUGAAGAUACCUCCACUACAAUUGAAUGGUCUUUGUCUAUCUGGAUUUUUAUUUUUUAAUGUCCUUUGAGACUAAGAAGAUUCUAGAUAUACUGUGAAAAGAAUGCUGCCAAAGCUCAAAGAACUGACACUUUUUCAGAGUUUAAUCAAUACCAGCAAGUGGUUUGCACAUAAUUAAUAUUUUAUUAAAAAAAGCCACUGCUUUGACAUAAUUUCAUUUAUAGUAUUUGUGUCAGCAACACACUCAAGGAGCUCAAACAUUUUAUCCGUUUGAAGUGUUACUGAGCAUGUACUCUUUCGGCAGCCAUAUCUUACAAGUGAAAGAGACUGUUGAGUGACUGGUUGCAUAUGUGAGCUGAUUAUUCUUAUACCUCACUCAUGUGGGUUUAAUAGUCUGCUUUUAUGAUCUUAUGACAAGUCUACACAUUGUUCUAAUUUUCUUUUAAAUACAUUUUAAUACAUAUAUAUUUAUUUAAAAAGAAAACCAUUUGGAUUGAUUCACUAAUCUUUAUUUGCACUCUGAAAAUUGGACAUGGCUUUAAAUAUUACAUCAAUACGUGAUACAAAAUGGCUGACCCUGGAAGUCUGCAGACAGUUUCAGAGAGGAACCUGCUCACGUUCUGAUGAGGAAUGCAAAUUUGCUCACCCGCCGAAGAGCUGCCAAGUUGAAAAUGGAAGAGUCAUUGCCUGCUUUGAUUCACUUAAGGGACGGUGUACAAGAGAAAACUGUAAAUACCUCCAUCCUCCUUCACAUUUGAAAACACAGCUAGAAAUAAAUGGGCGUAACAACCUCAUUCAGCAAAAAACAGCUGCAGCAAUGUUGGCUCAGCAGAUGCAGUUCAUGAUUCCUGGUACAGCCAUGCAGCCAGUACCCACUUUUCCUGUUACUCAAGCUUUAGGAACAAAUCCUGGUCUAAGUUUUGCACCAUACCUUACUCCAGUAACCCCCAGUGUUGGACUAGUACCAACGGAAAUGCUCCCCAGCACACCAGUUAUUGUUCCUGGAAGUCCUCCAGUAUCAGUACCAGGAUCAUCUUCUACACAAAAGCUUCUGAGGACAGACAAGUUAGAGGUUUGCAGGGAAUUCCAGCGUGGAAACUGUGCAAGAGGGGAAACUGACUGUCGCUUUGCUCAUCCUUGUGACAGUGCAAUGAUUGACACAAGUGAUAACACUGUCACAGUUUGCAUGGAUUACAUCAAGAGUCGCUGUUCAAGAGAGAAGUGUAAAUACUUUCAUCCUCCAGCACAUUUGCAGGCCAAAAUUAAAGCAGCACAACACCAGGCCAACCAGGCCGCUGUGGCAGCACAAGCUGCAGCUGCAGCCAUGACUCAGUCGACUGCCAAAGCAAUGAAGCGACCCCUCGAGGCAACUGUAGAUCUGGCAUUUCCAUCUAGUGUUCUGCAACCUCUACCAAAGAGACCAGCGCUUGAAAAAAGUAAUGGUGCCAGCACCGUCUUUAACCCUAGUGUAUUGCACUACCAACAGGCUCUAGCCAAUGCACAAUUACAACAACCUACUGCGUUCAUACCUACAGGAUCUGUGUUGUGCAUGACACCUGCCACCAGCAUUGAUUAUCCUGAAGUAAUCAACAAAAAAGGAAUGAAGUGUCAAGAUGCUGCACUACACACCCCAAAACAGCCGCUGUGUAAAUACUACCUUUCCUCCUCAUUAGAGCUACAACAGCCUGCAUGCUAAGAGUAUAAUUAUGGAUAAAUCAUUACAUAUAACAUUUAAGUGCUUUUGUGUGUGUGUGUGUGUGUGUGUAUAGAUAUAUAGAUAUAUAUAAUAUAUAAACACACACACAAGCACCAAUUAUAUAUAUCUGUAAUGCAAAAUAUGUUAUCUUGUAAAUGAAUACAAUCAGAAUUGUACAGACUAUAUAUCUAAAGGUGGAUAUUUCAUUUUAAUGAUUGUUUUUAACAGUUCUCUAUAUGAAAAGUAGGUUAUUUUUUCCACCUAGCUGAUCAUGUUAAUGCACUCUUAGAAUAAUAUAGUGCUUAUUGUUAAGUGCUUGUUUGAAAAAGAUUUUAAACAGAAAACUAAAGCUUUUGCUCUAUAAUUAAGCAUAAUGUCCCAUAAUUUUUUGAAAAAACAUUUUAUUGCACUUAGGUUCUGAUCCUGACAAGAUAGUUUACUUUGGGAGGGAAUCAAUAAAUGAAUGUUAAACAGAUGGGUGACAUAUUGAGAAGAAUGAAUUGGUUAUUUGAAUGUGCAUUGUUACCCAGGAAAACCAAAACAAAAAUGUGACUGCUAGACUAAACAGCCGUGCAAACAUUUGUAUUUAUCCAUUUCCCAGAAAUGGAGUUGAUAAACCUUCGUAAUGUCCUGGGCUGGCAGUAAACAUUUUGGAUUCUCUAGUUUAGGGAACACAAUAUAAAAGAAUGCUUAUGUUUAUAAAUAAUGGCCAUUAAGAUGUUUGCUGUUGUCUCAAGUAACAGUGCCAAGGACUUUGAAAGAUUUCAUAGAUUGAUCAGAUCUAUCAAUUCUGGGUAUUAAUUUGGGUACAUUGUGUCUGCAGGCAGACUUGACAAAUGUGAUUCAGAUCAUUAAUCAAUUUAUAUGAAACAGACAUUUGAUUUCAUUCAGUUGUCCUUUCAGAACGUUAAAGAGCAGGGGUAUAUAAAAAUGUAUAAUGUCAGUGCUUUCAAAAAAGAACAUUUUAGUUCCUUAAAGAUAAUAAAGAAGUGCUUUCAGAACCAUCCUCCAACAGUUCCCGGUUUAAUUUUGAACGAUCAAUAGAAGUGCCUAAGUAUUACACAUUUCAAGCCCAAAAGGAUGUAAUUUAAAAAUAUUAACUGAAAAAUUAUUGGAUGUUGUCCAAAAACGUACCUGUUAGUUCUAAGUCGACACACAUUAUGAUGACAGGGUUAUUAGUUUUUAAAAUACAAGAAUGUUAUUUUAAUUAAGUCAUUUUAGAGUAGAAUCUGAGGUAAUGAUAAUAAGUAAAUAAAAGUUUAAUUUGAAACAAGGCGAUGCAUCAUGGCUUUUAACAUUUCAAAAACAUUAAGCUUUGCUGAGGUGCAAUUUUCUAAAUAUAAAAAUCUGUUCUAGUUUUGUUUUAUCUAUUGCAAUUUCCUAAAAAGAUGUGCCACAAAAUUUAAUAAUCAUUGCUUAGCUUUCAAGCUAGUAAAGUGUUUAUAUUAUCAUUUAGUGCAACUAUUUGUACCAAACUUUGUCUCAUAGGCUACAUGUUGGCACUGAACAUAAAUCAACAAUUAAUAUCCCUUUUACAUACAUAUAUUUGUGUGUAUAUAGUAUGUAUGUGUGCACUGUGUGUGUCUUUCAGAAUUAACCACAGUGCUAUUUUAAAAUUGGAAAACCCAUAAGCUCUGCUUGCUUGGCACAAUUUGGGCACCCACCCCGUGAUUUUCAUUCAUUGUAUUUUUUUCUUCACAAAAGUUACAGUUUUAAUGUAAUUUUUGAUGUUGAAAGUGAUUUAUAGAUAAGUUUUUGUCAUAAUUUUAAACUUUUAUGUUAAAUAUUAGUCAUAGAAAAAUAUUGUAACCUAUUAUAUUUUAAAAUGAAUGUAAUUUAUUAAGCUAAGCUUAGUUCUACUGGUUGGAUUGUUCAGAAAAGCUGGUCUCUUGGAUCAGCUCCUAAGAAGAAAUUCUGAAGCUUGUUUCUGGUAUGGGUCACCAUUUGUGACUGCAGGUGUAUUUUCUUACUGCCUUCAUCACCUUUGCAGGGCAAUGGAAAACAGUGUGAAAGAGGCUUUAGAAUUGCUUGUAUUAUGUAAAAAUGUCUAUUGUAAAGGUAAUAUUCUACCAAAAAUAUGUACUUUCACUGUAGUUUAGUAGUAUUUCAUAACAAUAUUAAGUUGUUAGAAUUAUUACAGUUCUGUAUUUUUGUAAAUUAUGUAAUUGUUAAGUUCAAGGACUGAUUUUUUUUUUUC